AUGGCCGCAACCACAGCUGGUUUCCUUCAGUACCGUGAACCAGAUAUCAUCAGUAUUUUGGUUUUGGUUUCAUUUUUCUUCUUUCUGUCGUCUGUAGGAUGGGUCUUCAACAAGGCCAUCCGUGCCUGUCUCAUCGGCCAGAUCCUGAUGGGCAUUCUCUACGGCGCACCCGUUGGCAAUGUCCUUGAUACUGCGUGGCAGGAGACAUUUAUGGCUUUGGGCUAUAUCGGGCUCAUUCUCAUAAUCUUUGAAGGGGGUCUCACCAUCAGGCUCGACCUCCUAAAGGCCAAUUUCCUGCGCAGCACCAUCGCUGCCGCUAUUGGAAUAACUGCGCCCAUCGCUCUUUGCUAUCUGCUUCUCUACCUAGGUUUUGGUUAUGGAGCCUUGGAAACGUUCAUUAUCGGUGCCGCUCUCUCGACAACUUCUAUUGGCACGACGUUUGUGGUCAUUAGCAGCUCACCUAACGUCGACCUCACGCACACCAAAGUAGGCACCGUCCUGAUCUCCGCCGCGCUCUUCGACGAUGUCGUUGGCUUGAUCAUGGUCAGCGUCAUAUCAAACCUCGGAGGCAUCGGCGCAGGUGGGGGCGGGAACAUUGGCUGGAUUGUGGGAAGACCAAUCCUUGCGAGCUUCGCAAUCGGAGCUGUCUCGCCCUUGCUGGCUAAUUUUGCAGCUGGUCCGCUGUACCGGCGCUUUGGAGAGCGUCACGUAGCCGCCCUGGGACAUCGAGCCACGAUCUGCCUUAUGACAAUCGUUCUGUCAGCCCAUCUCGUCGUCUGUGCCUACGCUGGGGCUUCUCUCUUGUUCGGAGCCUUCCUAGCAGGCACGUUCUUGAGUACCCUCCCAGACGGGCCCACUCAAGCUGUCGGGAGUGAGGAUGGCGUGACAUUGGUAGCGCCUGCAUUCCAUGAGACGUUCGAGACUUUCAUAUCAGGUCCACAAUCCCUCGUCCUGGAGCCACUAUUCUUUGCCAGCAUUGGCUUCGCUAUACCGUUCAAGAGAUUGUGGACAGGUACUGUCGUAUGGCGAGGCAUCGUGCUCUCACUGCUAAUGGCGAUUGGAAAGGCUGUUGUAGGCCUCUCCAUUCCGUUCUGGGAUCUCGUGUCCCGCCGGUCUUCAGGUGUAGGACAGGGGCGACUCUCAAGCGACUGGGCUCCUGUAGCGCUUUUGGGGAUGGCCAUGGUCGCUAGAGGCGAGAUUGGAUUGCUUAUCAUCCAACUCGGGCUGAAUGACACCUCGUUUCUGUCCCAGGAGGCCUUUCUCGUCUCCAUCUGGGCCAUCGUCCUGAACACCAUCCUGGGGCCUCUCUCUGUUGGCCUCUUGCUUUACAGAUCAGAAGAUAUUAUCCCAAAGGACCCUCGCUGGGGCUUGCAAAAGCAGGAGGCAGAGAACGGUAGUUCCCCUGACCUACCACGCACCUCGCCGCCCCAAGCUGCGCCAAGCGAAGACCGUCAUUGA